AUGACGAGGCCUUCAAUUGUCCGUGCCGACACGAUCGACCUUCAGAAUCACGACGCUACCUCGGCCAAGGCCCACCAGCGAAGCCACCUCGGCAUCCAUCAGGCGGAGACCUUGCGAGAGGUUGCCCACGAGUCGGCAGAGGAGCAGGGCCGCAGUCCACGAAUCUCCUGGGUCGAUGACCCUGCCCAGAACCGCAACCCCGACGACGACAGCGACGACGGUAACGAUCUGGCCGCCGGUGUGAGGAGCAAGAUGUCGUCUCGGCAGCAGCAGCAGCAGCAGGAGCAGGAUGAGAUCGAGGAUGCCCUCGCCGUGGCACAGAACGGGGGCAUCAGCUCCUCGGAUGAGGGGGACACGGAUGGCGACGAUCUCGACGAUGAUAUGCUGGAUAGGAUAUCCAGCUCGCCUUCCAUCGAAGACGAGGACAUCGACUUCGAAUUCGUCUACGCACUCCACACCUUCGUCGCCACCGUCGAAGGCCAGGCCAACGCGACAAAGGGCGACACAAUGGUCCUCCUCGACGACAGCAACAGCUACUGGUGGCUCGUGCGCGUCGUCAAGGACAGCAGCAUCGGCUACCUGCCCGCCGAGCACAUCGAGACGCCGACCGAGAGGCUGGCCCGCCUCAACAAGCACCGCAACGUCGACCUGUCGGCCACCAUGCUGGGCGACCAGAGCCCCAGCCAGAAGCAGCAGAAGGCGACGGGCUUCAAGUCGAUACGCAAGCGCUGGAAAUCCGUCACCUUUGCCGAGCCCACCUACGUCGACUACAACAACGGUGACUUCUCGAGCGACGACGACGGCGACGACGACGAGAUCCUGUUUGGCAGCGCCGCCGCCGCCACCGCCGCCUCCACCGCCGCCGCCGACGACAACCAAUCCCAGUCCCAGAGCCAGCAGGCGGCCGGCGACGACGGAGCCGUCGUCGGGCCCCUCAAGACGCGCCCGGGCAAGGUCUCCCGGCCGGGAGACCCGGCCAGGGACUCGGACAGCUCCUCGACGUCGUCGGACGACGACGACGACAGCGCCAGGCCCAGCCGGUCGAGGAACGGCACCGUCCGCAACACGGACUCCUUCUUCAAGGACGACAGCGUCGAGACCAAGAAGAUCACCCUGACGCCCAACCUUCUGCGCGACGAGAACGAGGCGGCGGCGGCGGCGGCGGCGGCCGCCACCUCGCGCCCGUCAACCGACUCGUCCAAGGACGGCAGGCACUCGUCGCAGUCGCAGUCGCAGCGGCCCAGCCUCGAGAGCAAGAUGGACAAGGAGCUCAUGUCGGACCGCGACAGCAACCGCAAGCGCGACAAGGAGGCCCGCGACAAGAAGGACAGGGACAAGAAGCCCAGCGCCAUCCGCAGCUUCUUCUCUAGGAAGGACAAGAAGCGGAGCGGCUCGGGCUCGGGCGCCGACGUCGACGCCGACGCCGCCGCCGACGCCGCCGCUGCCGCCGACUCCAAGCAUUCCUUGGACGCCGUCUCCGAGCCGCGCGACAGCGAGGACACGACGUCGACCCCCCAGUCGCCCGAGAAGUCGGGCGUCAACCGCAGCCCGAGCAAGCUGCAGAAGGUCCAGCCGCGCAUCGAGCCUUCCCCCACGCGCAAGAACUCCCUCCAGAGCAAGAGGCCGCCUCAGCAGCCCGACCUGGCGCACUAUGCCGACGCCGACAACAGCAGCCGGACGAACAACGUCUCCUACGUACCUCCCGCAUCCAUGCGCAUCGUCGACCCGGAAACCCAGGAGACGAGGGAGGUAUCGUCGAGCCAGUACCAGCAGCAGCAGCAGCAGCAGAAGCAGAGUUCCUCUCCCUUCUCCUCUUCCGGCGGCGGCGGUGGCAUGAGUGGAGGUGUCGGUGCCCUGGCCUCGUCCCUCAUGCCCCGAUCCCUCGACCCUUCCACGUCAUCUUCCUCCUCCCCGGCAGCCAAGCCGCAGAAGACGGUCAAGGCCAAGACGCGCAUGGAGCUGGACGAGUCAGACACGGGCUCCGACGCCGAUCCCACACCUUCUGCGGCUGCUGCCUCCGCCACCGCCGUCUCGGACGAGCCACAACUCCCCGGUGCCUUCCCGGAAGACGACCAGCAGACCCCCACGCAGCCGCGGCCGCAGCCGCGGCAGAGUACCCACCACAGCCACCCCUCCGGCGACGGUCCGGAUUCCCGCACGGCCGUGCAGGGUGACAUCUCCCCCGUCUCGUCCAGCCAGCCGCCCGGCCUGACGGGAGACUACUCCCCCUCACCCGUGGGUUCACCAUCCCCUCCCGAGGAGGGGGACUCUUCAUCCUCCUCCUCGUCGGAAGAAGACCACGUCGUCACGCCCGUCGCUCCUACCGCGGGAGCGACGGCGACGGGUGCGGCGGCGCGCACCAUGCCCACUCCGCUCCAGACUUCGGUCACGCAGGGUGUCGCCGGUACGGUGAGGUCCGGAUCGAGGAGCUCGUGGGACGACGCUAAGCUGCGCGCCUUCUUCGACGAGGGCGAUCACGUCCGCGAUCUGCUGGCCGUCGUGUACGACACUUCGGAUGUGGAUCCCGUCGGUCACGAUCACCCGGUCAUCGGUGGACUGUUUCGAGAGCAGAAUGCCAGGUUGGCCGAGAUAACGACUCAACUGGAUAAUAUGCUGGGUGACUGGCUGGCCAGAAAACAGCGAUCAAGGGGGACGGUAUAA